GUAUGACACGUGUCUUUGAUGCUACAGGACUUCACUGCAUUCAUACACACACCCUAAUUUCUCCAUACUCAGCCUUCCCUUCCUAUACCUCCCACCUCUAAGCCAGCAGUCAGCACUGCAGUAAAUACGUGUCUUUUUGCCUACCUUGUUCCUUUUCCAACGCUUUUCUUUGUUGGUUUUUCUCUUUUCCAGGCCUCCCUUGAACUUGAAGUGCUGAUUUCUUCAAACCGAAACCUGGAUCCUUAGCUAUGUCAGGUCUGUAUAAUCACCGCUUCUCCCCUGUCAGAACUGCUUCUCCACAUAUUAGAAACACCCCAGACAUUGAUAGUCAGCUCUUAUCAGAGCUGUUGGCGGAGCAUCAAAAGCUUGGUCCUUUCAUGCAGAUCCUUCCAGCAUGUAGCCGAUUGCUAAAUCAAGAGAUAUUUCGGGUCUCUGGAAUGAUGUCCAGCCAAGGUUUUGGUGACAUUGACAGGAUGAGGCAUAGAAGCCCCAGUCCCAUGGCUUCUUCAAACAUUAUGUCGAACGUUUCUGGAACUGGAUUAGGCAGCUGGAAUAAUCUUCCUCAAGAGAGACGAAGUGGAACUCCUGGGAUGCCAAUGGACUGGCAACGUGCACCAGCAAUCCCUAGUUCAUACAAUGUGAAGAGGAUCUUGCGUCUUGAAAUUCCUGUCAAUACAUAUCCAAAUUUCAAUUUUGUUGGACGACUUCUAGGGCCUAGAGGCAAUUCAUUGAAGCGGGUAGAAGCUACUUUGGGUUGCCGUGUAUAUGUCAGAGGCAAAGGAUCAAUAAAGGAUUCAGACAAGGAAGAGCAGCUCAGAGGUAGACCUGGCUAUGAGCACCUGAAUGAGCCACUCCACAUCUUGAUUGAGGCUGAUUUACCAGCUAAUGUUGUCGAUAUAAGGCUUAGGCAGGCUCGGGAAAUCGUAGAAGAAUUACUGAAACCUGUGGAUGAGUCACAAGAUUUUAUCAAGAGACGGCAGUUGCGUGAGCUGACAAUGCUAAACUCAAAUUUCAGAGAGGAGAGUCCCGGUCCAAGUGGUAGUGUUUCUCCUUUUAAUUGCAGUGGAAUGAAACGUCCCAAAACAGGACGCUGAGAGUUUUAGCAUUAAAUCAUCUGAGUUGCUUUUACCCUGCCCUGGAACUCUAAGCCAAAUGUACCUUUUCAUCCAUUGCAUAUCAGUUCAGCACAACAGGAAACAAUUAGGCUAACAAUGAUUUCUGGGGAUCUUGGUAAUGGUCUGUUCAUAGUUAAACUGUUCUUGUGUUUUGAACAGAAGAGAAAGAGAAGAGUUAUAGAGUUGGCUGUUGCAUUUUAGGUUUGGUGUCUGGUGAUGUCAGAUUUGCUGUAAACUCAAUACAUCCAUUGGAUUCAUUCUUGUGUUAGUAGCUAUAUAAGGAGUGUGCAAUAAUA